UUAAUAUUUAUGAACCAAGCCUUCACAAUAAUCCGAAGCACAUCAUCAAGAACGCUAAAGCGCAAGCUGCAAAUAUAAUGAAAGUGUUUUCUUAAACAAAAGCUUUUAAAAACGUUUCUGUUUGCUUAUUUGUGUUUCACUCAAUAUUUGGAAAAUCUUCUGACAGCAGCGAUUGUGAAACGGUUGAAAAAAUCCAAUGGAUUGAGGUUGGUCGUGUGCCAGCUGGGAACAACCAAACCACAUGAUGCCUCUUAACCCGAGCCUGUCCAGAUCAAAAGAUCGAAGCGGCAGCGUUCUGGGCCGACCUGAAUUCUUAUCGCUGAACCAGCCGCUGCGUCACGGCAGGCCAUCGAGAAGGACCAGCCAGUGGAAGACUCAUCAGAACCAUCAGCCCGAGAACCCGCCGGAGCCCGAGAACACGAGGGAACGCAGAGAAGCGCCAAGGCUGCCAGAUGAAGACUGCAUGCUCCUUAACCCCUCUUUCAAAGGAAUCGCUAUAAACUCGCUCUUGGCCAUUGACAUUUGCCUCUCCAAACGUCUGGGCAUUUGCGUCCACAGCUCGUCUUCAUGGGGCAGCGUUCGAUCUGUGGUCGUUCUUCUGGCUCUGACGGGUCACGGCAUGACGUGGAUCUGUGGAACGCUGGUGUGUCUCAUGCAGAGUAAUACGCUGGCUGGCCAGGAGCUUCUGAUCAAUCUGCUGAUAGCUCUGGUUCUUGACGUCUUAACUGUGGCAGGAGUGCAGAAACUGGUCAGACGAAAAGGACCGUGGGACAUAAGUCCAGGUGUUUUAGACUGGGUUGUCCUGGACUCGUAUUCAUUUCCGGCGGCUCAUGCCAGCAGAGCAGCCAUGGUCUCAAAGUUUCUCCUGUCUCACCUGGUGCUGGCCGUCCCACUGCGUGUCCUGCUGGUUCUGUGGGCCUUCCUGGUGGGACUGUCCCGUGUUCUGCUGGGUCAACACCACCUGACGGACAUAGCGUGUGGUUUUGCUCUGGGGUUUCUUCACUUUAGACUCAUGGAGUCGGUGUGGCUGUCAUCCAGCGCCUGUCAAACUCUGAUCUCAAUGGGAACGUUCAACUGGGGCUCCGCACGUUAAAAAUCUACCUCAUGCAGAAGUCAAAUGGACAUCUGUAGAUACAUUCAAUGAGGUCUAGGGUUGCAAAAAUCUGGGAAUUUUCAAGGCUGGGAACUUUUAAUGGGAAUUAACUGGGAAAAAAUCACAGAGUUGCCUAUAACAGGGAACUUAAUUUAGUUGAAAAAAUCUUGCAGCACAAUUUAGUUUAAAACAACAAGAUUUAAUGCAAUUUCAGUUGAAUUUCUACCCUGCACAUUCUUCAGUCAGUACACAGCAUACUGAAGUGUUGAAAUGUGUUUAUAAAGUAGCUAGUAAAUCAGAUAGCACUACUAUAAUAACUGUUUAAUGACCUUUUGAAGAAUAUGAUGGAGCUAAUUUAUUUGAUAUUUCUUCAGUAAAGAUGUUUGGGCCUUUUUUAUGCAUGUUACAGUAAAAAAUCCAUACAGUAAUUCAUACAAAACCCACAAUUGCACAACUUUCCAAACUUUUAUUUGAAACAAAAAAGAGAUUUGUGGGAUUUGUUUAUAGAUAUCACAGUGACCGUCAGUAUGAUCCAUUUGGACAUUUCAUCACACACUUCAGGUUUCUCUUCUUUUAUGUCCCAGUUUUACUUCUUUAAUUCAGCUGAACUUUCAGUUUUGAAAGUGUUGUUGUCUACAUAACGUUAAGCUAUCAGCAGCUUUAUCUUGUUUUCUAAAUGUUGUUUAUUUUGUUGUAAAAUAAAAUGCUGCGAACGUUCCCUUGACCUGGAGCUUUUGAUGACUGUAUGUAAGUUUUUCAGAUGAAAAUCUGGAUGCACGGUGUCCAAUACAGUCAACAGAUCUUUCAAAGCCAUUCGCUGUUCAUCACACUAUGAAUGAUAACCUUUGACCUUUUAUUUUACACUUAUUCUAUGAGACUGACCUGGUUGAAUGUCACUGUGUAUUUAUGACAACUUAAAUUUACUAAUGUGAUGCACAAGUACCUCUGGAAUAUUCUCAAAUAUUAUUCUGUAUGUGAAACAUGAUUUUUUUUCCUUUGUGAUUUAAGUAAUGAUGCAUUUAAUUGAAGCAUGAUAUUUUACUUAAGGAAUAAUUGAGGAUGGGUCAUUGAAUUAUGUGAAAGUAAUGCCUACCCAAGGUGGUAAUGUGGCUCAACAAAAAGCUGAGUUACACCGCGGGUGUGCAUUAUUUUCAAAUAAUUCAAAGAAACUGAGUCAAUUAUUCCUCUUAUACCACAGACAUUGCUCUGGUGCUUAUUUUUUCACAUUUGACAGCUUGUGUGUGUUUGCUGAAAGAUAAUCAACACCUGUGAAACAUUUCUCAACCAAUCAAAAUAAAGCAUUCAACAGA